UGGCUCUUGAAUUCUGACGUUGCAUCUUCUGCUUGUGCUGGAAGCAACGGCCCACAGUGCGAUUUGUAUUCGUGGUCCCCACUACCUCGAAAGCAUCCACACCUGUGGGAUGGGAUCGACGAUUUGUUUGCUCUCUUCGCACCUCAUUUCGGAGGUGCAGCUAACGUGCUAAAUUCUGCCUGCUGAUGGGGGCUACUUCCGUCGGAAAGGAGCCACAGUCCUUCCUUGGAGGAAGUUUUGGCUUACAAUGCCUGCUACAGACCUAUAUCUGCGACAUCUUUUGCUCUCCUCCCGGGCAAAGACAACUGGCAUGGAAUCCCUUGCUUUUUGACUCACCGCCGGCAUGGCCCGAAGUGAGGCGUUGGCGUGGGGUUUGCCUGGCACGCUAGCUGGCUCAGGUUUCGGUGCAGCAUCGAUUUGGAAGCUUCUGCCCGACUCUAGGGCGAGUGAUGAGGUGAUCAUGGUUGGCCCGUGCGGGUUGGCGUCGGUUGGUUGUUCUUGUUGCCUCAACGCCCGCCUACCUCAUUGGGAAGGUCAGAACAAGGGCCUGAUUGUCUACAGACUUUUCCAACCUCAGCUCGACGACUUGUGGUCAUCCAGCUGCCUCUAGACCCUAGGCUCUGCCAUGCAAGACGAGUAUUCUGUAGUCUAAAUCGAGAUUUGAUCAUUAGAGGCUCACGAACUGCCUGUUUAUCCCUGUCCACAAAAACACUUGAUACCCUCUUUGAAUUCUAUACACCUGGCCCCGCAGCCCGCCGCGGUCCAACAAGGCCCCCAUACACGCCACAGCCAUGGAUGGUACCGAUGCCAAGCGCUCAGGAGACGGAGCGAAGGACACGGCGAAGUCGCCGAGACUACGGCGGACCCGAUUCGUCUGCAUUUCGGACACCCACAACCGCACUGUCCAUCUGCCCAAGGGCGAUGUUCUGAUUCACGCCGGUGACUUGACGAACCAGGGAACCUCGAAAGAGCUGCUCAAAACCAUCCAAUGGCUCGAAAAGGCAAAUUUCGAGGCUAAGAUUGUGGUCGCGGGGAAUCACGACAUCACCCUUGACGCUGAAUUCUACAAGGAGUACGGAAUCUACUUUCAUAACCAGCGCCCCGAGUCGUCCUCCGAGUGCCUUGACUUGUUGGAGUCGAGUCCGUCCAUAUCGUACCUCAAACACAGCGCCAUCAAGCUGCGACUCACCAAACCCACAGGCCCGCACACAGAGUUCACCGUAUUUGGGUCUCCGUACAGUCCUCGGGAUGGGCUCUGGGCUUUUGGCUAUCCAAGUUUAGCCUCUCCACCCCUAUCUCCUCCGGGCCCAGACGAAGCUCAAAAGCCGAAGGCUAGGUCUCGGUCUCGAUCGCGUGGAAAAGGUCGUCGCUUCAGCUCAGAGUCUGCUUCCAAACAGCAUUGUGAGCCAGGGUCGUCUUCGCUCGCUGCUCAGGCUGCGCCGGCAGAGCAGCGGCAGAUCCCGGACAGCACAUCGAAGCCUAGAAGGGAACGUAGCGAUCGACCUAUGGAGUCAAAUCUCGCCGGGCCCAGUGCGGAAGAGCUCUGGAACGAUAUUCCUCUGUGUGCGGAUGUGGUGAUAACUCACGGCCCACCGCGCGGCCACUGCGACGAGGCAGCGGACCGCCGGCGCUCGGCGGGCUGCGAGGCCUUGCGCCGUGCCCUGUGGCGCAUACGCCCACGCCUCGCCGUGUGCGGCCACGUACACGAAGGCAGGGGUGCCGAAAUUGUGCGCUGGGAUAUUGAUGGCGGACCAGGGUCCGUGAACGGCAGGUUCAUGGAGGUUCAUGGUGCUCACCAGCUGUGGGAAGACCCAGCUCCCAGCGGAGGGGCUAAGAUCUCGCUCGUAAACUUGACGGGCGACGCGCGCACCGGGCGAGAACCACUCGACAACGAUGGCGGGAUCGGACCGGUGCUCCGAUGGUACUCCGAUGAGAGCGGCGAAAGAGAGUGGGCGUUCGUCAGCACCCGCGGAGAGACCCAAGACGGGGUCAACCCGCUUGACGAUACGCAGACAUGCCAUGAUGCCGAUCCCGCAAGAGGCACUUAUGGUAUGGGCGGUGACCCGGAGGAGUCUGUCAGGUGCGACAGGGAGGCGCUUCUCGGCAGGAUGGGUCGGCGAGAAACUUGCAUCGUCAACUGCGCCAUCAUGGCGAACAGCUAUCCUCACGUGGGUGGCAAAAAGCUCAACAAGCCCAUCGUCGUGGAUCUCGACCUCCCCGUCUGGGAAGACUAGGAGCAUCUAGACGGCCCCGAUGCCCUCUGAGGAAGCUGCCGAAGGGCCAGCGCCAAUAUUGCUACCGUACUUGGAAAAUGGGACUAUGCAUGAACACCAGCCGCGGGCUCCAUCCCUCUUCUCUUCGCCAUCCCCCUAGCGUCACGCCCAUAGUUGGUCGUCAUGAUAGAGGUAUGCCCUAGGAGAAAACCCCACAUAAUAGCAUCAAUCAUGACCGCGUCACCUAAAUCCC